CAUGCGGCAGCGGAAAAACGACUACCGCGAGCUCCCCCGGGAGGUCGCGCACACCUUGAGCGCGCAGUUCGGCCCCCAGGAGGGCAUCAUCCGGCAGGUUUCCGGCGGCGAGGUGUACCACUCGAGAAGCCAGGUCUCCGGCAUCAGCAUCCCCCCCGCCGUCGCCUGGGGGGUCAACCGCGAGUUCAGGAGGGGGGACUCCGACGGCGACUUCGCCGCCAGGAUCGACACCCAAGUCCACCCUCCAGAGGAAUGCGGAGGCGAUGCGGUCCAUCCUGCUGCACCCAUUCAGCAUCCUCCUGGUCGCCUUCCCCCUGGGAGUCCUCUCGGCGGCGUUCGGCUGGGGGCCGAACGCGACCUUCUGGCUGAACUUCUGCGCCCUGAUACCGCUCGCGAAGAUCCUGGGAGACGCCACGGAGGAGCUCGACGCCUGCCUGCAGAACGAGGUCCUCAGCGGCCUGCUCAACGCGACGUUCGGGAACGCCGUGGAGAUGAUCAUGACCGUCCAGACCCUGAGGGCGGGGCUCACCUCGGUCGUCAAGGAGACGCUCCUCGGGUCCGUGCUGUCCAAUAUGCUGCUGGUCCUCGGCAUGUCGUUCUUCUUCGGCGGCAUCGUGGAGCUGGGGGAUGGGAUCAAGCCGGCAUGGACGAGAGCCAGGCGAGGCCGUUCCUUGACAGGAUCGAUCGUUCUGGAGGCUUCCAGCUGGUCGCGGAGAAGCAGCAGGUCUUCGUCGCCAACGGUGCCAUGGUCAGUGUGACCAUGCUGCUGGUCUCGUGCUUGUCCUUCGCCCUCCCCACGGUCUUCAUCGCCCAGGCGCUGACCGAGCGCGAGGAGGUCCAGCAGAUCUCCCUGGUGUCCUCCGGGGUCGUCAUGCUGUCGUACGUCGCGUACCUGUGGUUCCAGCUCUACACCCACAAGCAGAUGCUGAAGACACCGGACGGCGACGGAGACGGCGACGGCGGCGACGAGGAAGACGAGGGCGACGGCCUGACGCUCGGCGUUUCUCUUGGCCUGCUGGCCGGCACCUCGGUCUUGGUGUCAAUCUCGUCCGAGCUGCUUGUCACUGCGAUAGAGGCCGUGGUCGACCAGGCUGGCCUCAGCGAGGCUUUCAUUGGCAUCAUAUUGCUGCCGAUCGUCGGCAACGCGUGCGAGCACGCGGCGGCGGUCCGGUUCGCGGUCAAGAACAGGCCCGGGCUCUCCGUCAGUAUAGCGGUGGGGUCUUCGGUGCAGGUGGCCCUGUUCGUGGUUCCUUUCGCGGUGGUGAUGGGCUGGUUCUUGGGCGGCACGGUGGCGGAUGGACCUGAACUUUGGGAUCAUGCACGUAAGCGUGCUCAUCAUAUCGGUCUUGGUGGUCCUCACCAUCGUGGUUGA